AUGGCAGACGUUCAAACGAGUGGGACGAGUUUGGCGAAAGUCAAGGUAGAAUCCAAAGUUUCUCUUUACCAUCGGAAAGCAGAAAUUCAGCGCAUCGAAUUUGGGAUGGAAGAAGAAAUAUCAAGUGUGAUGGUCAAGGUUCAUUCGAAAAUUUGGGACGAUUUUGGUCCUUCGGACUAUUUACGGCUUGUUACACUCAUGUCAAGCAGUUUUGUCAAGUUUUGUGAAGGUACUUAACCUUAAGAGUUUCUAAAUGAGAUGGAAGAAUUUGAGAGAUUUUAACGAGCCAGGAACUGAAGCAGUGGAUGUCUGAACACGAGUUUGACGUCAUCAUUUCCGAGAUGUUGUUCUGUUUCCACGGUUGUCCCAAAACGACGUAAUUGUUUGGUUUCUAUGAAAAUGAGACUCUUAAGCCAACUGAAAAGGAGUAGCUUCUCAAAAAUGAAUCCUUAAAAUAAAUAUUCCUCGGGCUGAUCCAUCCGUAAGCGCUAUAGAUACAAUUUUUUUUGUUAACUCUUUAAAUGAGAGGCCAAUCGAAUGUUCCCCAAAGCCCUUAAUAUAAACACUACUGACCCAUAUUUUGUAGAUUUCUUUGAGCUCUGCUAUCAAACAGCAUUUGCAGUAUAUUUUAAUCAUUUUCCUUCAAAACUUCCAGACACAUCACCAUAUCAGCGACUAAUCCAAUGGAAUGGAUGACGGAAGCUUUCAUGAUCCCCAAUGCUCCUGCUCUAGUACCCGGCGAGUUAUUUGAACAAAAAAUGAAUAUUCAUUUUGAUUUUCCAGGCAACUCAUCACCCCUCACACCGAAAAUGAACAUGAUACAAAAAGUAUCCACUAGUGAAAAAAAUAAAAUAAUUUAUCUUUUUAUAGAGUUAUGAACGUGCUUGAUAAUGUCCUACAAAAACUGGUUAUUCGGUACUUGUUGCUCCGACCGAUUGAUGAAUUAGGAAAAAAAGCAUUCGGGGCAGAAUUAUGUGCCUUUGGAGGUUUGCAGUUAUAUUUAAUUUUUGAACCAAUCGAAAUUUUUUUCACAUUUUUUUCAAAUUUAGCCAUAGCUAUUGGAUAAUUGAAUAAUCUCAGAAAGCAAUUUUUCAUUUUAUAUUCCUAAUAGAAAGUUUUUCACAGACAUUUCUGGGCGAUUCUAGUUAUUUGAUGGUUAACAGCCACGAGAUCAUUGAUUUCCCGAGGCCCAUCACCAGUCAAUGGAUUUAUAUCGGCGGCCUGCGACCACCUGAACCUAAAGGGCUUGAUGAAGUGAGUUAUUAAAUUAAUUGAUCAAUCAAAAACUCUCUUAUCGUAAUCUUUCUGCACUUCAACCAAUUUUUACAGUGGUGGUCAAACACAUUGUCCAUGAGAAACUACAGUUCCAUUGUAAUUGUUUCCUUUGGAAGCAUUGCCAAGGCUUCUGAAAUGCCUUCUCACGUCAAACAAGCCUACAUCGGUAUUUCCAUCCCUAUUUUAGUCGGAGCAUUUCCAAAAAUAGUUUAGAUGCCAUGAGCGCCUUGAAUGACACACUUUUCAUUUGGAAAUACGAGAAGCCGGCCCACGGAUUUGCCUCCGAGUUGGACAACGUGGUUACGAAAGAAUGGCUCCCACAAGUCGACCUUCUUCGUGAGCAUUUCUAAAUAAAUAAUUUCCACCAGGAAAAUCUUAAAAAUCGAUAGAGGAACACAGCAUUUUCAAAAACUCAGAUGACCCGCGAAUUACGGCAUUGAUUACUCAUGCCGGCAUCUCGUCAAUUUUCGAAGCUGUACGAGCAGCGAAACCGGUUUUCAGUUUAAUAUCAAAUACAUUGGAGAAAUUGAGAUUGUUUUCAGUUGAUAACUGUACCGUUAUUUGCCGACCAGAUGCGAAACUCGGAGAUGUUGCGCUAUAGAGGCGUCUCGGUGGCUUUGCCAAAGCAGGCGACUUACCAUCAAAUCGUGAACGCUGUGCAGAAAAUCCACGAAAAGAAGUUCGUUCUGACGAAAAAAUUAACGAUUGAGGAGAAAGUGUACAGUAAGACUCUCUGCAGUUUCCAAAAGCUUUUUAGGAAUAUGAUUUGAUUUUUCGUUCAGGUGGACAGGUUAUAUAA